AUGGCCAACAUUACAGAUGGGGGCUUGCUGUUGACUGGUACUGAUAAUACAUUCAAUGCAAUGACGAUAGACGCUCAGGUGUAUAACUGGUUUCUUAUCGUUGACGGGUUCCUUCUCGGCCUGGUCAGCUUGCUCGGAAUCAUUUUCAAUACUGUCAACGUCAUUGUCUACAGCAAGAUGAGUCAGCGUGACUCAGUCAAUAUCGCUCUGUUGGCGCUGUCACUGGCUGAGCUCGGAGGUUCCGUUGUCCUGCUGCUCAUGAGCUGCUUUAGCGUGCCAGAACUGACCUUAGGUUAUCUACCUGCAGUCUACCAAAUCAGUUGGCUCCACAUCAUCUUCUCCCGCAUCUCCAGCUGCCUCACCGCUUUUGUCACGCUCGAGAGAUACUUGUGCGUGGCGAUGCCACUAAAGGUGAAAGCUCUAAUCACUUCCGGGAGAACGAUAGCUGUCGUUACUAUUAUAUUUGUGGGCAUGACUAGCUGCAUGGUCCCGCCGUUUUUUGCUAGGAAAAUUGAGUCUAUGGUGAUCUCCGAUACAAAUAGAACUAUGCUAAUAUUCAUUCCCAUGGACGAAAGCAGUAAAAACAUGGAGAACACGUCUGUGACGGUGAACAACGUGGCUUUGUUGCUGGCUUUCGCUGUAGUUUUCAUCUCUACAAUGCUUCUAGUCAUCACACUGAGAAAAAAAUCAAAAUGGCGCAGUGAAGUCACUUCCUCCUUGCAGGGCGACGUCACUUCCGUCAGAGAUCAGAAAGUCAUCAAGAUGAUAAUUCUAAUAGCUGUAAUAUUUAUUGUGAGUUACCUGCCGGUUGUCGUCUCGACCGCUGCCAUGUUAAGCGUCCCUGAAUACAACGUGGAGGGAAACUACACCAGGAUUUUCACCCUUACCUGGGGAAUCACUUUCCUCCUGGAAGGCGCCAACGCAACUGCCAGUAUUUUCGUCUAUUUGAAGAUGAGUUCAAGAUAUAAAUCUAUACUUUUGACAUUGUUGAAAUUCAACUCACAUGGCGGCUUGACUAGAUUCCAUUAA